UAUAUUCACCUGAUUCCUUUGUGUUGUCCUCCUCCAGACACUCUCCCCUCCGACCCUCUGCAGUCGCAGUACGACUCCUGGCUCUCUCUGGUGGAUCAUCUGAACAUCAAGUCUUUUGUCAAUCUGACUUUGGCCGACUCUGUGCGUCAUGGCGUCCAACAUCUGCUCUUCAUCUCAGGACUAGGCGGGAUGCGUCCCAACACUCUCGUCCUGGGUUUCUACGACGACUCUCUCCCAAAGGACACUCUCAUCGACCCGUCUCUCUCCAUCUGUCCGACCUCUGACCCCACGGGAUCUUUACAGGACUUCGAUCAUGACCAGGAGCCGCCUCUCUUCCACUUCGCCUCCGUUCGGGGGUCCGUUGACCGACAAGACGGCGGGGAAAUCGGCGACGGGAAGGUUCUCGGCCCUCAGGAGUACGUCGCGAUCAUAGCAGACGCCAUGAAGAUGCUCAAAAACGUCGUGUUGGCUCGAAACUUCAACGAUUUCGACCGCUCCGUGGUCCUCUCCCCUUCCUCUCCGGUGUUUGUGGACGUGUGGCCGGUGAAUCUCCUCCGCCCCGACAGCUCUAGCUACGUCGACACAUGCUCUUUUUUCCUGCUUCAGCUCGCCUGCAUCCUCAACAUGGUGAGGUCGUGGAGAAAAGCUCGUCUUCGUCUCUUUUUGUGCGUGGAGGAGGGUCGUAGCGUCCGGGGAUCGGAGGAGAAACUGGGUCAGCUCCUCAAAGACCUGCGGAUCAAAGCUCAGGUGCUCUCCGUGCCCUGGGACCAGCAGGUGGCGCUACACUGGCAGCGGCAGGGCGAGAGGAAACAGCAAAGUGACACGAACAACGAAGACGAAGAGAAGAUCGAGGAGGAGGAAGAGGAUUACGUUAACAGCUUCCCGAGUAACGCCACACGCCUCUCAGACGACUACCUCUCCGCCGUUAAUAAGCUGAUCUUAGACCCGGCGAGACCCCCCCCUGCUGUGCGCUUCCUGUACCUGCCCAGACCCCCUGCUGACACGCGGCGCUACACCACCUACCUGCACCAGCUGGAGCUGCUCACUCAGGACCUGGGCCCCACGCUGCUCAUCCACGGAGUCACACCCGUCAUCACCACCGACCUUUGACCUGCCGCCUCUGAACAUGUUAAGAAAAUCUCCCUCACUGGUCUCCAGCUUGAGCUUCACUCUCAGGAUCCAUGUAUCUGUGAUCCUCUCCAGAAUGGAAGGAGUCAUCACAUACAGAGCAUCAAC